AUGCAGGAAAAUAUUUUUGAUGAAAUAAAAAAGGAACUAAAUUAUUGUAAAUAUAUGAAUUAUGCUCAUAUAAUAAUGUCUUUUUUUGGAUUUUUGGGUUACAUGGCUAGAAAGGUAAUUUGUAUUAAAUUUAGCUUGAUUUAAGAUUUUCUUUAUCUUAUUGAUUAAUGUCAUCUCCAUUUUAUUAUCUAUUUUAGGUUAUUAUGCAAUUGAAGAAAUAAAUAAAUAGAAAAUAAUUAUUUAUGCAGUUUGUACAAGUUCACUUUUUGGGAUGGUUUUAUUAUAUGAAAUAAUUGCAGAUUUAUUUUCAGACUCAUAUGUAUCGAAUAAAAUAAAUUUAGGAAACUGAAGCGCCUCCAUAAGCAUUUGUAUUUCUAGUUAUAACUUUGCCUUUUCUAAUAGAUCUAACAAGUGGAUUGAUGUCUUUAAAAUUAUGUUAUACAUUCUCAAAAUAUGACGACUUAGAAUUUAAAAGAAAAUACAAUGUACUUAUUAAUUAAUCUAGUAAAUCCUAAUUGUGUAAAAAGGACCAGAAAUAAAUUAUAAAGAAUCUUAUUUAGUUGAUGAGAUGUGUGCUAUUUGUUUGAAUGAAAAAAGGAGCAUUAUUUUCUAUCGUUGUGGACAUAAAGUUUGUUGUAAGAAAUGUUCAGAAGCUUUAAAACAUAAAAAUUGUCCAAUAUGCAGAGCAGAAAUUUAAGAUUGUAUUUAAGAAUAUGAUGCUUGA